AUGGUUUAGCGUUGUCGUAAAUAUAGCAGGAAGUCAAGACGUACCACUUUACGAUACCAACAUUCUAAUGCACGUGGGAAAUGUUGCGAAGAAGCCUCAAAAGAUCAGCACAAAAUGAAGCUUCAGCAGCUCAUCAAGGGACUGGUACACAUGCUAGCGAAGUGAAAAAGACAGCAAAAGUACUUGGUAGUAGCAAAGACAAAGAUGAAGCAGAAAAUGUUCUAGAGAAACUAGUGCUUGGUGGAGAGAGUGAAAUCGUAGAAAAGCUUCAGCCGAAAUCUGCAAAAACAAAACCUAAGUCAAAGGAUUUCACACAGGAGAAAAAAGCAGCAUGGGAAGAUGAAGAUGAUCUCACUGAAAGUGUCAACCUAACAAAAGAUAGGAGGCAUGCAGUUUUGAGUCAUGGAGAAAAGAAGAUCACUGGAGAUUCUUUUCAACAGAGAUUGAAAAACCAGUUUGAAAAAGUAUCUGGAACACCAGCAUGGGCCAGGCUGAAGUCGGGAGAUGAAGAGUCAGAUGGAGCUGAGGAUGACCCAGAGGCAGCACAGUUGUUACAGACGACAGGGGAUUACCUAGCUCCUUCAGAGUCACUGCCCAAGGGGGUCAUACAGAUCAAGAGAUGUAAAGAUGCCAACAGUGAAUGCCCCUCACAGGGUAAAGUUAAGUCUGUGGAAUUUCACCCCACUGCACAAGUCAUUCUUACUGCGGGGAUGGACCAAAGGUUACACCUGUUUCAGGUGGAUGGCAAGAACAACCCCAAAAUUCAAAGUCUUUUUAUGGAUCGUUUUCCCAUUCACACAGCUCACUUCAGCAGGACUGGAGAGGAAGUCAUCAUGGGUUCUAAACACAAAAAUUUCUAUUACUAUGACAUGAUAGCUGGGAAUGUUGGCAAUAUUCCACAGAUAAAAGGUAUUGAAGAAAAUGAUAUGAGCAGAUUUGAAAUGUCUCCUGAUGGAAAAUUUAUAGUUUUUCUUGGGAAAUAUGGUCACAUGCAUUUGAUAUCAGCAAAAUCAAAAGAAUGGCUGAGUAGUUUAAAAAUGAACGGCACAGUGGAUUCAGUAACAUUUUCUCCAGAUGGAAGGAGAAUGUACUCUAUAGGAGAUGAAGGAGACGUUUAUGUAUGGGAUAUGACUACAAGAGACUGUAUUCAUCGCUUUAAGGAUGAGGGCUGUGUUCAGGGCACAGCUAUAACUAUGUCCAAGAAUGGGCAGUAUUUAGCUUGCGGGUCCUACAGUGGUGUUGUGAAUAUCUAUGAUGAAUCUUAUAUGAAUUCUGGUUAUCCUAAACCUGUGAAAGCCAUAAUGAACUUAGUAACUCCCUGCACCAGUGCAGUGUUCAACUCCACAUCAGAGCUCAUGGCCAUCACUUCAAAUUAUGCUGAGAGAGCGAUAAAACUGGUCCAUUUCCCAUCAAUGACAGUAUUCUCCAACUUCCCUGACAAGGCAGACAGCCUCAGGAUCCCUCUUGCUAUGGAUUUCUCCCUGAACAGUGGCUACUUUGCUGUGGGCAACCACAGAGGACAAGUGCUACUUUACAGAGUAAAGCACUAUGGGAAUUACUGACAAGUUUAUCUACACUUGGAAGAAGAAAGUUGUGAAUUGUGACUUAUCCGAUGUUUCAGAGCUAUUUCUUUGGCAUCAUCCAGUAGUAAGACUCUCAGGUUACAGUGUUUUGGCUGGGCAAAGCAUGUGACAUUUAGUAUCAUUUCCUGGCAAUGCUUGCACUGCUACAGAUGCUCCCAAACUGAAGGUGCUUUGGAAGACAUACAGACAAUGGGAUGAAUCCAAGGAACAUUAUACAGAAUUAUUAAUUUUUAUUUAUAAAUCAUGUGUUUCAGGUAUUUACUAUCAUUUUGCACAAUAAAGUCAUUCUCGGACCUGAGACCAGCAAAAGUGUGGCGUUUUACUGAAAUGCCACAAUGAUGAAAAGUUAAAGUAUAUGUAUCAAGAUCUUACGUAAAUUUGCAACUUAGCAUAUUGAAGGGAAUUGUUACCAAAGGGAGACUGGGGUCAUGUAAGGAUCU